AUGAAAUUGUCUAAAGAACGAUGUACCCUUUUGAUAACUGGUGUCGACUCCUACAUUCCAAAUUGUAUCGCUUCAUGUCUUCUCGAUUGCCUCAAAGGCUCAUCGUCCAAGGUUAAAUUUGUCGUCACGGCCCAAGAUCCUGACAAUGAACUCGUUCGGAAAUUGAAGAAAAAAGGAGCCGAAAUUCGCGAAAUUUGCUACGAUGAUCGUCAAAGUGUCGAAGAUGCGGUCCGAGGCGUUAAUGUUAUGGUUUUCUUUCCCGAGCACGACGAAGAUCGCGUCAGACAGGCGAGGGAAAUGGCUAAUGCUGCCAACAAUGAAGAAGACCUAUGUGGAGUUCUCGUUAACACCAUUCAGGGUGCAGGAGAUGGGAAACAAAGGCUGUUUAAGGAUUAUUGCGAGAUUGAAAAAAUUUGGAAAAAAGAAACAAAGUCGUCAGAUACUUGCCUAUGUGUGUUGAGGCCCGGUUUCAUCCAGGAAGCGAUGGAACUUUGGUCUCCACAUGUCGAAGAUAGCGGUACAUUCAACAUGACCCCAUCGCCGCACAGACGUUUUGCUCCAUUAUCAUUGAAUGAUUACGCAUGUGUAGUUUACGAAAUUCUUGCAAAGGCUCACGAUAAAGCAGUCAUCCAAAUCGAUCGAAAGCACCACCACAAGUGCUAUACACUUACUGGUCCCAAGUCAAUCAGCUUCCAUAAAAUGAUCGAAAUAGUUAACGAGGUGAUUGGUGACCAAGGCAGUGUUGAGUACGAGCAAGUCAGUGAAGAAGAGCUUGAAGAAUAUCUCACAAACCUCUCGUAUGAUGGGCAUAAACGUGAUGAUGGUUCAGUUUGGUAUGGAUUGAACGAGUCUAGCCGGGCUGUCACGAAAUUGAUCAAUGAGCCUCAGGGAAAAGUGGAUAAGCGCGUCAGGAAGUUCAUUGAAGGUCUUGACAAGGCUGAAGACGCCGUUCAGAGCCUUAAUAGACGCAACAGAGGUCGUCAAUCUAAUGGUGAAUACCGCUACAACACUCGUCGACAGCAGAAGGGUUUGCAAGCGCGUAGAAUUGACGACAUUAUCGACAUGCUAGAUCGAUUGAGGAACUCUGGUAUUGAGGAUGCGGAUAUGUUGAAUACCAACGAGAGAAUUAGGCUUGCGAAUGAUUUGAGGAGAGAACUUAACCGAAUUGCAGAAAAACUUCGGGGUUCUGGACUCGAGGGUGAAGGGAGACAUGAACAUAAAUUCCCACGUAUACCACUUCCUCUUCGUCCCAUUGAAGUGAAUUGCGUACUCGAUAUCCUCUGCUAUAUCGAAGAAGGCUGUGCUGAUAAGACUACUGGUGAUGUGGAGAAGAUUACUCACAGAGAACCACAAAGUAUUAAAAUCUGGUUCGAGAUUUCGUCCCCAGAAAUUGUGAAUUCUGUACCCACUCUAGAAACUGCAGAUGUGAUUGCUGUUCGAAUAACAACUACAACCGUAGGCGUAAUUCCGACAACUACAAACGUAGAACUUUCCGUAGCAGAAUCUAAGGAAUAUGUAAUGAGGGAAAUUACAAAGAGCUUGGGGAAAUAUUUCUUUCAUGUAGUUAGUUAG